AUGGAGCACUCUUCGCCUCUCGCUGCGAUACAGCCUCCGUCAGUGAUGUUCGGCCAUUGUUUCCGGUCAGAAGGACCGAAUUCUUAUUCCAUGGGUUCAAUGUCCGGAUUUGGUGGAAACCCGUUCAACUUCAAAGAAUUGUCAAUGAAGAAAUCUAGCUCCGACUACUUCAACAUGAAACCCAUUCGGGGUUCAUCCCCCACAGCUAGUUUGGCUGCCGAUCUUUCUCAAAAUUUCCACAUUGAUCACAGUCCCCAGUUGGCCACCCCACGGCGGUCUUUGUUUACGGCCAGCGUGCUCGGUCAUACCAAUGGACGUGAUGAUGUGAUGACCACCCCGCCGCUCCCAUCUUCACCAGCUCAAGGCAUGGACGUUAUGGACAUGUCUCCACUGCCUCACAAGCCGGCAUUCUUUGUUACUACCGAGAUCGAGAUACAGUCUCCGACACCUGGCUGUGGUCCAAUGGAAUCUCCAAUGGUAUCUCCGAUAGCCAGCCCUCUGCAAGCGUCUCCGAUGGAGUCUCCUCUUUGCCCGCCUGAGAAGAAGCGGCCCACUUUCCUGCGUCCGAGUCUGGCCAGGAGCAAGGCUCAAUCACUCCAGCUUGGAAUGACCCGGCCUGCACCAGAGAGCAAAGCACCGCCCUUCCGGUUUGGAACUGGAGCGAAGACCUCUCUCAGCACAUCCACUUCUCUGGAAGAUAUGUUUGGGGACUCCCCGCCCCAUGAACGCCCUGCCCCUCGGAACAUUUCUUCAACUCACCUCGCACCGCCUCGUAUGCGGCCGUCACUCCACCAUGCCCGUAGCAGCGGCUCCCCCGCGCCCAGUUCAAUCCGUAAACCCUCUCACUCGUUGAUGCGUCCCCGCAAACAGUGCCGGCGAUCACUGAGCAUGUUUGAGAACCCAGCAGAUAUCAUUGCCGAUAAAGAGGCCAAGGUAGCGACAAAUACACCCGUCCCGUCCAUUUGUGACAUUUCGAGUCCGCCCAGCAUGAAGCUGCCUCACUUCAUCCCUGAGGAUCGCGCGGACUCACUGCCUCGUAUUGACAAAAGCACUCUUCUGGAACUCAUGAACGGCAAGUUCAACGACCAGUUUGACCACAUUCUUAUCAUCGACUGCCGCUUCGAGUACGAGUAUGAGGGCGGCCACAUCACUGGCGCAUUAAACUACAAUGACAAGGAACGUCUGGCCGGGGAACUGUUCAGUUCCCCUCAGGCCCGCACUGCACUUGUCUUGCACUGCGAAUACUCUGCUCACCGGGCUCCCAUCAUGGCCAAGUACCUGCGCCACCAUGAUCGCGCUAUCAAUGUUGAUACGUACCCUCACCUGUCAUACCCUGAUAUGUACAUUCUGGAUGGUGGAUACAGUUCCUUCUUCGCGGAGCACCGUUCGUUCUGUUUCCCUCAGAACUAUGUCGAAAUGAGUGCCAAAGAACAUGAGUUCGCCUGCGAGCGGGGUCUUGGCAAGGUUAAGCAGCGCUCUAAGCUCAACCGCGCCCAGACUUUUGCCUUUGGUGAACAAUCCCCCCAAAUGGAGGACAGUCCCACUGGCCGUUGCCGACUUGGCGACAACGAGCGAAACCACUACCUCAGCUCCCCAUUUUCCCAAAGCCCAGUGCCGUCCCGAACUCCCGGACGCCGAAUGCUUUCCUAUUAA